UUAUACCUUAUUAUUCAAACCUAAUUAAAGCAAUCUUUUCUUCUCGUAUCUUUCUAAGCUCUCUCCGCCUCCUCCUAACUUCCUAAACCCACCCUCCAAACACUAAACAAACCACCGUAUCUCCGCCGUGAGAUAGGAAACAAGGCUUUUGCCGGCGAAUUAAUGCGGAAAUAUGAGUUGUCUAUCGCUUUUUAACCCGUAUGUGCGCGGUGGUUUUGCUCAGAAGAAUCAUCAUGUCCUCGGGGGCCGGAAUUGGCACCGUAAACACGUCGAAGACGGGUAGCUUUUUCUUUCUCUGAUCCAAAAAAAAAUCUGUGAAUUCUCAACCCUCGAUCUUUAAUUCUUAGGUAUAAGAGUACAUAAAACAGGUUAAAUCAGGUAGAUUUGGUUUUCAAUUUUCUCCAAAAUCAAGAUGAUGGGGGAAUUGAUGUUAGCUGUAAAGGAUAAGAACAACGGAGGGCGCGACGGUGUGGAGCCCCGGAAGAAUUACUGUAAGUUAGUGAUGCAAGGGAAGUACGAGCUCGGAAGGGUGCUGGGUCAAGGGACUUUUGCGCGGGUGUACUAUGCGCGUAAUCUGGAGUCCGGGAAGAGCGUGGCGAUGAAGGUGGUAGGGAAAGAGAAGGUGGUAAGAGCGAAGAUGAUGGAUCAGAUGAAGCGAGAGAUUAGCGUGAUGAAGAGGCUGAAACACCCUAAUAUUGUCGAGCUCUUUGAGGUCAUGGCUACCAAAUCGAAGAUCUUCUUAGCGUUGGAGCUCGUCCGAGGGGGCGAGCUCCACGCUAAAGUUUCAAAAGAGGGUAAAUUAGAAGAGCAAACUGCUAGAUCGUAUUUCCGGCAGUUGAUCUCAGCUGUUGAUUAUUGUCACAGCCGAGGGGUUUUCCACCGGGAUCUCAAACUGGAAAAUCUCCUGCUCGAUCAAGAUGAUAAUCUCAAGAUAACAGAUUUUGGUCUGAGUGCUUUCUUCGAGGAAGAGGAGAACAAUCAAGUGUUGUUGCGCACUACUUGUGGGACUCCCCAUUAUGUUGCGCCGGAGGUGGUUAGCAAGAGGGGUCAAGGGUAUGAUGGCUCGAAGGCUGAUAUCUGGUCUUGUGGUGUUAUCCUCUUUGUUCUGCUUGCUGGGUACCUUCCUUUCCAUGAUGAGAAUGUUAUGCAGAUGUAUCGUAAGGUGAACAAGGGUGAUUUUACUCUCCCGUCUUGGUUAUCAGCCGAGGCGUGUGAUUUGAUCACUCAAAUGCUCGAUCCUAACCCUUCCACACGCAUCACCUUGGCCGAGAUUAUGGAAUCAAAGUGGUUUAAAUCCGACAGUGUCGACUGCGAAGACGAUGAUGAAAGCAACAACACCACCAACAGCAAAUUCAAGGAAGUUGAGGCAUUGAAUGCAUUCCACAUAAUCUCGAUGUCAGAGGGGCUUGACCUGUCUGCGUUGUUCUCAGAAGAGAAGAAGAAGAGAGAGGAGAGGGAAGAAAUCGGAUUCACAACAACAAUGUCAGAAACUGAGGUGAUAUCAAGGCUGGAGGAAUUGGCAGCCUUGAGUGGUAAGUUCAAGGUUAGCAAGGUAGGGGACUCAGUGGUAAGGCUCCAAGGGCAAGAGAAGGGAAGGAAAGGCAAGCUGGUAAUCGUCGUCGAGCUGUUCACGGUGUCAUCGUCCUUCUUAAUGGUGGAGGUGAAGAAGGAUAGCGGGGACACGCUCGAGUUCAAUCGGUUUUGCCAGAACCACCUCCGCCCUACUCUUAUGGAGAUCGUUUGGACCAGCACCGCCUCUGAUAUUAAAUACACCACACCCCCUCCUGCUGCUGCUGCUGCGGCGGUGGCCUCUGAUAAUUACACAUCACCCCCAGCUGCUGCUGCCGCAUACCCUUAUGUUGCAGCAGUGUGCUAAAAUUUUUGUCAGAAGGCUAAACCCCUUUAGGAUUUUCGGAGUUUGACUUUAUGUUCUAUAUCGUUUGUGGUGGGUUUUUUUUGUUUUUUUUGUGUUGUGUUAUUGAUAACUUAUUCUUUUUUUAUGUUUCAUGUCCAUGAGUUUAAUCUUUAGUAGAAUUUUGUUUCAUGUUUCACUGAUGUGUAUUGAUCUUGGAUGUCAAUACAAGAUUAUCAGAACUAGCUUUCUGAGUCUAAAAUGCUUAGCAAUUAGCAAAGUUUUCCCAUGAUUUGGAUGUUAGCUGGUAUAUUAAUCAAAGUUCGAGUUCCAUCUA